CUUACAACCGUUGCCAAAGAACUUGUGUGUGAAAUUACAAUAACAACACUAAGCCUUUUUUAAUUUGUGCAGCAUAUGAAUGUUCCUUCUUUAUUGUGAGCUCGUGGGAUUUCUGCUAAACCUGUUUUAAAUCUUUUUUGCUUUACAUUUUUGAAUUGCAAUCUUUGAUUACAUCUUUUAUGCCAAUUAAGAGAGCCCUGAAAUUUUUUCCACACCUUGGCUUAACUGACGAUACACUUACUGCAGGUUCGUACAACCUGUCCUCAGAAGAUGAAUGAUAGUGCGGGCUGAGGGGAAAAAAAAUCCCUCUCGUCAGGCUGAAUAUUCCUAAGGUGCUGCUUGUUUGCCGGCAACUGGAGUUCAAUGAAGAUUACCCUUCUACCCAUGGACCUGUGUCACCUGACUUUAUACCUCCAGCUCAGCUUGAGCUACAUUAGAGGCACUCCACCAGUUCUUGACAUAUAGAUGCAGAUGGAUAAAGCAGCAAAAAAGCCUGUUUUUUCCUGUCAAUUUCUCUUUGCUUCUCUUCUGCUUUUCAUAAUUAAGAGACUCUGUGCUGGCCUGGAGAAAAAAGAAAAAGAGCUAACUUUCCAGCUUCACUGUGAAUCCUGGGGCUCCAGUCUAAACUAGGGAUAUCAGUAAUAUGCCUAUGUCGGCACCUGCUUGUUUCUGGAUUGGAAUAGAAGGCAGCCACAGGAGUCAGCCCUACUGGAAUGGUGUGCACUAAAUGUGAAGGAUAACAACUGACCGACAGUGCUGGUUUCAUUGCAAGGGUUUAUUGCCUCUGAGUUGCCUGUCCCUCUGCAAGGUCCCAGACACUAGUAGCUGCCACCGGGUGGAGAUGGUGGUGUUUGUGUAGCUCUGCAAUGGAUAAAGUGUCCCCUGCAAAAGCAGGUGGCAAUGAGGAGCUGAUACGCCUACAAUAAUCCUGGCAUUCAGUAUUAGUUUAGAACAUCAGAGGCAUGUAUUUCGACUUGGAGCUUUACGUGUUGAAAAGAAUUUUGUGUGGAAGCCAUAUAAUAUUUUAUCAUUAUAAAAAGGCAACAUAUUGCAAACAUCUCUGGUUUUCUUGACCUGGGACAGCCCGGAUGCCACCUGCUCUUUCCAGUUUCUACUUCAAACAGCUUUUAUUUUCAUCACUUUCAAGGCACAGGUAUGGUUACAACAACAUCAACAAGACGUCCAAACGCAGUAACUCGCCGUCAUCUUGUGGUCAUUCGGACACAAUCUUGAUGAGAUCACCUACAGACUAGAACAACUCCCCUGAAUGCUAAUGACCUUCACAUCAGACCACCCUGCCAAGCCACUACAUCUGGAUGGAUGAGUGGACUCUGACUUUGUGGCUUUUCGCUUCUUUGCUCUACCAGGUGAAUGUUUACAACACAUCUAGUCUUUCUUAGAAGAGAAAGAUUUCCCCUACGCCGACUCUGUUCAGGGGAUGGCCCAGGACCAGGAUGGACAGACAGAUUCACGUGGAAGGUGCCAAUCCCUUCUCCUAUGGGAAUUUGCUCCCACAAGAGAUGUUGUGUAACAGUGAAGCAUUUUCCGGCUCUUGAGUCUUUUCUACCAUUAAAGUCAGGUGAACUACAGAAAAAUCUAAAUUGGUAUACCUGAAAAAAUAUCCUGUAAUGCAAGAAGAGAGCUAUGAUGAUGACAUGGAAAGUGACAGUCUGACUCCUGGCACAGCCCGGCAGGUUAGAAUUCAUCGCGAUCCCACGCAAGGAUUUGGAUUCGUUGCUGGUAGUGAAAAACCAGUCAUCGUACGAUCUGUUUCUCAAGGUGGUCCUUCUGAUGGCAAACUCCUCCCUGGGGACCAAAUUCUUGCCAUUAAUGAAGAGGCUGUGAGCGACGUGUCCAGAGAACGAGUUAUAGACCUUGUAAGGAACUGCAAGGAAUCCAUCCUACUCACUGUGCUGCAACCUCACCAGUCCCCAAAGUCUGCCUUCAUCAGUGCUGCCAAGAAAGCCAAGCUACGGUCCAAUCCCCCAAAAGUGCGAUUCUCUGAACCAGUUUCCGUCAGCAAUCCAGAUCACGAGAUGCUGAAGGAAGACGCUCUACUCCUGAUCCCAAAUGUGCUCAAAGUGUUCCUGGAGAAUGGACAAAUCAAGUCCUUUACAUUUGAUAGCCGCACCACUGUCAAGGAUGUGAUGGUGUCUCUGCAAGAUCGACUAUCCCUCCGCUAUAUUGAACAUUUUGCCCUGGUUCUCGAGUUUAGCGGCUCAGAUCAGAAUCACCGUUUGCACAUUCUCCAGGACAGCCAGCCUCUUACUCAUGUGGUGCAGCGGACCUACUUCCAAGGAAUGAAGUGUCUCUUUCGUAUCUGCUUUUUCCCAAAGGAUCCGGCAGAUUUACUGAGAAGAGACCCGGCUGCUUUUGAGUACCUCUACAUCCAGAGCCGCAAUGAUGUGAUUAAAGAGAGACUGGGCUCAGACUGGAAGUCGGAAGUGACUCUUAAGCUCACAGCGUUGCAUAUCUACAUCACUGUCUCUGCUGCCAGACCUAACCAAAAAAUAUCUCUGAAGAAUGUGGAGAAAGAGUGGGGCCUGGAACCCUUCCUGCCUCCAUCACUACUUCCCUUAGUGAAGGAAAAGAAUGUCUGCAAAUCACUUUCACAGCAACUGAAGGCCUAUCAAAACCCUCCUCCCACAGGGAACAAGGUACCAGCCAUCCAGGCAAAAUUGCAGUACAUGAGAGUUCUUAAUGAACUGCCACCAUUUGGAGGUCUCUUGUUCAACACCGUAGGGCUGGGUGACAAGCAGCCUGCCACCACACUCCUUGUUGGGCCUCGUCAUGGGAUUAGCCAUGUCAUUGACUUGAAGACUAAUCUGACCACAGUUUUGUCAGAGUUCAGUCGGGUGAACAAGAUCCAGCUCUUUAGGGAAAACCAAGGGGUCGCUCGUGUUGAAGUCAGCAUUCUGGAGGUGAAGCCCUUGGUCUUGUUGAUGGAGUGGCCAGAUGCUGCUAACUUUGCGUGUCUGAUAGCUGGCUACUACAGGCUGUUUGUGGAUCCUAAGAAAGUGAUAUUCUGUCGAACAUCUAGUCAAUCUCAUAUGAUCAAGGCAGAUUACAGAAAUAUCCAACCAGUCCUUCGACCAGCUCCUUCAGCUCAGACUGGUAGGAGAGAAGAUGCGCUGGUCACAGAUAGGCUGUCAAGAGAGUCGACUCAGAGAUCAGCUGGACAGACCAACCCAAGUGUUGACAAUUUGUGCUAUCUUCACAUGAAGGAGCAGCAUCAGUACCAACAGCAGCAAAAAGAGCAAAAACGGCAAAUUGACAUUAAUGAGAAUGUUAUACCAGUGGAUGAAAGCAGGCCUCGUACCAAAUCUGAUCCCACCUACAAAUGUUCCGAUCCAGUGGCUGCAGCAAGCAGCCCAACACAUGAGAGCUCAAAGACUAGGGCUCGGGCAUAUACCCUAGACCCUGUUCAACAGGCGGGGCACUUCUACUGUGACUCAUGCAAAGCCAAGCUGAAAGCAGCUGCUUCUACAGCCCCAGUGGGAGCAGGUUUGCGUACACAGAUAUUGCAACAGUGUGCUAACGCCUGUGGCUCCCGUGAGGGUACGGUGGAUCUCAUCUCCCUACCACCACCAGGAAGUGACGAAGAACAGGAUGAUGAGGAAGGUACAAUAAAGCCACCACCGGCAACUAUUGCUGCCCCACCACCUGGUUUCCGAGACAACAGUUCUGACGAGGAUGAUCCUAAACGGCGGGCAGCUGCAGCCGCAGCCGCAGCUGCAGCAGCAUCUUCAUCAGUAGGACGGCGAGAUCAGUCUGAAGAAGUGCCUGUAACACUCAUUGACAAUGUGGCAACGCGAACCGUGAGGGACCAUGCCCAGGAACUGGACGAUGCCUUGGUGUCUACCUUGCAGGCACUAGAAGCUCUGGCGGCAUCUGAGGACUAUCCACAUCACCACCAUCACCAACCACAACAAACAGCAGGUCUUAUUGUGUUAGCAGCAAUCACCCCUGAGUCCUCUCUGGAUUCUGGCCAUGAAACAAACUCCUCAGAAUUGACAGACAUUUCUGAAAUGGUAACAGCGAUGAAGCAGCACCCCAGUUCUACCUACCUGCUAGCUCACCACAUCAACAAGGAGCGUAUUUUCAACCGACGAGAAUUUUCUCUGGCUAUCCCCGCUUGCACCACACAGGCAGUGGGAGGAGCAACUAUCUCCAUGGGCCAGCUGCGGACAGGGUGUCCUGCAAAGCCACUUAUUCUCAGUAAAGCAGGCCCUAUGCGGAUAACUCCCAGCCAGGAAGCAUCACCUACAGGAGAUCAGGGAAAAUUUUCAGACCAGAAAAAUCCAAAUGACCAUGGACAAAUUUCUACAGAGCCCAAAACAGAUCUAAAAACAGCAGUCAGCCCUAGCGUUAUUAAGACCACAGAGGUUUUUCCUCAGGUUUCAAGUGAGCCAAAACAUGCUAGUCCAUCUGAAAAAAGAAAGGCGAGUAAAGAGCUUAAGACGUCAUGCCUCACAGAAGAUGGUUUAAGCCCCAUUCUCUCUCUUGAUGUCAAAGAGAAAGCAUUAGUUCCUGUUAGCUCUGAAACAAUCAAUAAGGCCUCAGCUUUGCUUUCACCAGCAGACAUCAAUGCUUCUGUCAAGUGUAAGCAAAUAAGUACUACCUCUGACCCAGAAUCUGCAAGUAAGGCCAAUGUGACUUCCAAAUUGAAGGUUGCUGCCAUAGAUGCUGAAUUGUUAUGCACUUGUCCUGUGCGCAGUGAGGGAGGGUUACAGUUGAAGGACACACAGACCCAGAAAGUAGCUUCAUUCCAUUCUUCCUCUCCCGCUAAUGAUGAUGAGAGAUUCAGUGCUAAAGCUAAAAGUCUGCCACUGCCAUCUAGCAAAGAAGUUGGAAAGGGAAAUGAAGCAAGCCAGAAAUCAAGUGUGGGCCUCUUUGUACCACCCCUCAUCUCCGAAUCUACUGAACGUAGGGAGAGGUUAGAAGCAAAGGCAGAUGCCUCAGAAAGCAAAAGUGCCACUGAUGCACAAAAGUGCCCAAAAACCUUACUCCAAAGGAUAGAAAGUGUGCAACCUGCAGGCUCAGCGGAAGCUCCUACAGAUUGCAAAAAGCUGAAUUUGAGUAAAUCAAAAUCACAGAAAAGUGCACCUUUCCUCAGCUUCAGAAACUUGCUGUCAGCAACUUUCCCAGCACGUAUGAAACGUGAGACAGAUGAGCGACAGGCUCAGCUGCAAAAAGUGCGUCAAUAUGAACUGGAGUUCCUUGAGGAGCUUUUAAAGCCAAAGGCUGCCCAAAUGGAAUUGCUCCCUCAAGGAGCUUCACCAGUGCCAGCAGGAACACCCUGUCCCUGCCAGCUAAGGACCAGUCCAGUUCAAAAAAUUCCAGGUAUUUCUAGAGAGCAAAGGCGGAGCUGUGAUUGUAAAAGGAUAUGUCGGGGAAUGCGCCUUCCAGACACGCCAGUAGGGUCAGUAAUGGAAAAGAGAGGGCGAGAAAAUAUUCCUUACAAGCCACCGCUACAGAAACAACUGCAGCAGCCAGAAGAAGUACAGCGGCCGCAGUCGCUAGAGAUAAAGACAUCAAGAAUUCGUUCCACCAGUUUAGAAUCACGGGAUCCCCAGGAGCAGUCGGUUUCUUGCUUACCUGCUUGUGCAUCUCGAUCUGAAUGCAUUGGGGCACCUCAAUAUAAAAAACUCAUAAGACGUUACAGCAUAAGUGAAGCAGAUAGUAAUGAAAGAGCCCCGCUCUACUCCGAGUCUAAACCUGUAAAGGCCAAAGUUCCUGAGAAAGAAAAUGAGCAACCCCGGGCAUCUCUAAGCAAAUCAAAAACUGCGGUGGACUUGACGUAUGCUCAGCUCGGAGAUGCAAAGAGAAAGCCUGUAUAUUCCAUUAAAACAGAGGGUGGAAGAGAGCUGGAAUUAUUUCAAGAGGGUAAAAGUGGAGGAGAAGAAAUUCUUGGACUUUCAGGUGAAGACGAUGAUGAUGAAGAAGAGAAGUGCUGUUCCUUUUGUUUCUGCUACCGUAAAUGUGAUUCUACCGAUGAAAGCAGUGAAAAGGAUGAACUUUCAUAUUCCAUUCCAUUACAGCUACUGCCAGGAAUGCAGUUAGAUGCUCACACACUUCCUGUGGUCAGUAAGACCCUACAAGUUCUGGAUGCAGACGGUUGCAGUGGAGAAGAAGAAACCCAAAGCCAGGAAAUUGACUUAAGAACUACUGGGACCUUAGAAAGCAGUCUUUCCCGUGUGAAGGCACUCCAGGGCAAGACUUUCUCAUUGCCUGAUGGAUUCCUUGCUGCUCAACUCGAUGCCAAUGAAUUGCUAUCUGUCCUUCGACAAUGUGCUGGAAACCCACAAGGUGAUGCAGAUCCUAGACAGCAAGCUCCUCGGUUAGCCGAGUACAAACAAGAGUUGGCAUUACGUUUCAAAGAAUUCCGCGCUUCCUGUAGAAGGGUGGCAGGAGUGGAAAAAAGUCCCACACGGAUGCUCCUGGCCGUGACAGCCAGCUUCCAGGUGCUUUGUGGCCUAAUAGAGACAUUCAUCAAGUUAGUGUGUGUAGUGCGCUCAGAAUCUCAGAGGCAGGAGCUACUCAAAAAAGUAGAAGAGGUGGCUUUAAAUUAUACCUUCCUUCUUAGGGCAGCUGAGGAGUCAAUGAGUCGGACUGGAAGUCUCCCCACACCAAAAAGUAGUAGCAGCCAGCCUCCUCCUCCAUCUGUUCAGGGGAGCAAUACAGUCAGUUCUCAAUCUCUUUCUAUAAAACCAGUCAUUAAAAAGUAAAUCGUGAGGACUUUGCCCCAUGUACUUAUUUAUUUUAUGUUUGACUUGACAAAAAAAACAAAAACUGCUGUGUUAGAUCUUGAAUUAUACCUCUCACAUGCAAUCAAAUAUUCUGAUAUUUCCAUAAUGAUGUUUUGUAUGCUUCGGUGAAGUCAGACAUUGUCAUUUUUGUUUUUUUCAGGUGUGCCAUUUUAUGUCAACAAAUAUAGUGUAUAACAGUACAUUAUAAUACCUUUCACUUUACAUAGAAUUACAUCCUCAUUGAAAAACUUUAUGCUGUUGUGUGACUGUUGCUGUUAACUGGGCUCAAGGGGUACCACUUGAGGCCCAAUUGUAUUAUCAGGGUGGGGCCAGUGAGUUCAUCUCACCACCAGAACUGAAUGCCACAGUUGAGCGAGGAGAAAAAAAAAAAGACCUGCAAAAAGGUACUAUAUAUAUAUACUGGCCCAAAAACAAAGUCUUAAAAAUAUACAAAACAAAACGAACUGGACUGUUGCUUCUAAAUAUAUACUUUAAUGUUGUUUUACACCAAGUAUAUGCUAAUAGUUAUCACACUUCUAAUUAAAAGUACUACUGUAAAGAAUUUAUUUUUAUUUCAAAGAAAUAUAUUAAAAUA